AUGUCGAAUCCCCUCACUGGCGGCCAGGUCCCCCACCCUGCUCUGGACAUGGUUGACCUGGUGGACCAGAGUCUGGGGAAUGCAGGGGCCUCUGGUUCUGCCCUGGCCCUGGAGGAGGGGGGCACAGACCGCUGGGCCCUCCCUCAGCUAAAGGACACUGGCCAGUCCUGGAGAGAGCUCAGCAUGACCGGCAGGGUGUGCUGGCUGGUCGUCGGCUUCCUCAAGGCCUGUGGCCUCCUGGGCAACCUCUACCUCUUCAUCUGCUCCCUGGACAUCCUCGGCUCUGCCUUCCAGCUGCUGGGCAGCAGAGUGGCCGGAGACAUCUUCAAGGACAGCCUGGUGCUGGCCAACCCUGUGGCUGGCCUGGUCAUCGGCGUGCUGGUCACGGUCCUGGUACAGAGCUCCAGCACGUCCUCCUCCAUCGUGGUCACCAUGGUGGCCUCCAAGCUGCUGACCAUCCAGGUGUCGGUGCCCAUCAUCAUGGGCGUCAACGUGGGCACGUCCAUCACCAGCACCUUGGUCUCGAUGGCACAGUCCGGGGACCGGGAUGAGUUCCGCAGGGCCUUUGGCGGCUCAGCCGUGCAUGGCAUCUUCAACUGGCUCACAGCGCUGAUCCUGCUGCCCCUGGAGAGUGCAGCGGCUGUGCUGGAGAGGCUCAGCGCGCUGGCCCUGGGUGCCACCAGCCUGCAGCCCGGGGCGCGUGCACCCGACAUCCUCAAGGUGCUGACGAAGCCGAUCACACACCUCAUCGUUCAGCUGGACACUGACCUGAUCACAGGCGGCGCCACGGACAAAGCCAACCACAGCAGCCUCAUUAAGCGAUGGUGUGGAACCAGGGCACAGACGACCAAGGGGAACAGCAGCGCCUGCGGAGCUGCCAGAUGCCUCGAGAGGAACAGCACAGCCCCCGAGGACAAGCUGCCUUGCCACCACCUGUUUUCGGGCACGGCGCUCACGGACCUGGCCGUGGGCCUCAUCCUGCUGGCCGCCUCCCUGCUCGUGCUCUGCACCUGCCUGGUCCUCAUCGUGAAGCUGCUCAACUCCGUGCUGCGCGGCCGCAUCGCCCAAGCUGUGAGGACCAUCAUCAACGCGGACGUCCCCUUCCCGUUUGGCUGGCUCAGUGGCUACCUGGCCAUCCUGGUGGGCGCUGGCCUGACCUUCGUGGUCCAGAGCAGCAGUGUCUUCACGGCAGCCAUUGUGCCGCUGAUGGGGGUCGGGGUGAUCAGCAUGGAGCGGGCCUACCCCCUCUUUCUGGGCUCCAACAUUGGCACCACCACCACGGCCCUGCUGGCUGCCCUGGCCAGCCCCUCAGACAUGUUGCUCAGCGCCGUCCAGGUGGCCCUCAUCCACUUCUUCUUCAACCUGGCCGGCAUCCUGCUGUGGUACACGGUGCCUGCCUUGCGGCUGCCCAUCCCAAUGGCCAAGUAUUUCGGGGACCUGACCGCCCGCUACCGCUGGGUGGCCAUUGUGUACCUGCUGCUCACCUUCCUGCUGCUGCCGCUGGCGGCCUUCGGGCUCUCCCUUGCAGGCGGCGGGAUGCUGGCCAUGGUCGGGGGGCCCCUGGUGGGAUUGCUGCUCCUAGUCGUUCUCGUCAGCGUUUUGCAGCAGCACCGGCCAGCCUGGCUGCCCCACUGCUUGCGCUCCUGGGCCUGGCUCCCCCGCUGGCUGCGCUCCCUGGAACCCUGGGACGGGCUGGUCACCCACUGCUGUCCCUGCCAGGCCUGCGGUGCCCCUCACGUCUCCCCCAAAGAGGCCCACUGCUACGAGAACCCCGAGGUGCUGGCCUCCCAGCACCUGUGA